CCAUUUUUCUUUAUUUUCUUGUGUAGGUUAUGGAAUCUGUCAAUGAGCUUGUUCAGAUUAUGAAGGAUUUGUCAGUACUUGUGAUAGACCAGGGCACCAUUGUUGACAGAAUAGAUUACAACAUUCAAAAUGUGGCAACCACCGUGGAGGAGGGGUUAAAGCAGCUGCAGAAGGUCCACUCUUCCUUCCUUGUUUUUCCCCUUUUAUGGAAUUUGUUCCGAGCCUCUUGUUUUGUAUAUCAAUUCAUUUUGGAUGCAUUGGGCUUGCAGGCAGAGAGAACACGGAAACAUGGGGGGGUGGUGAGGUGUGCUACAGUGCUCAUUAUCAUGUGCUUCAUCAUGUUGGUUGCGCUAAUCCUAAAGGAAAUAUUCUUGUGAUCUCUGGGCAACGGUAUCUCCAGAUUUUGCUUACUAAUCAACCCUUCCCUGUGACUCGGUAUACUCAAGACAUGCCAAUGGCCAUGCGUAGCAGAAGAUUGUGCGGCUUUUGAACCACCCCGGUAUACUUGUUUAGAGAAUACCUACUUAUUUGUUCGUUUCAUUUUCCAUUUUCCUGAUUUU